AUGGAUGUGGUAGAGAUUAUAGAGAGCCUGCUGCAGGACCAUCCAGAACUCAACUGCACUGAACUUGAUACCGUUCUGAAGAAACUCAAAACAAUUGUUUUCAUCAGCUGGAUGACCCCACCUCUGGGCGAAGCUAUCAUCAGCAUCAUCUCAGACAUGUUGGAGUCUAAGAGCUACCUGCAGCAUGUCACCAACCAAAUACUGAACAUUACAGAGAUGGUUGGGGACAAGAUGUCUUGUUUUUACCAGACAAAUUACACUUUGGUUGCUCCUGCGAUGGCGAUCUCUGUGGUGAAUGUUGACCCUGACCAGUUUCCGAGCCUCACCUUUGGCGUUUCGUCUGCUGCAGGGGGCCUGAACCCUGAGAUUUAUAUCAACAAGGAUCCAUUCAAAGGAACGGUUGCAUUCAUCUCCCUACCCUCGGCCUUGAAGUACAGCUUUCCUCAACACAGUGGUGCCCAGCCGCGGGUUCAGUUUCAGUUUUAUGGAGUCCCAACUCUCUUCAUGAACAACCCGAGUGGGAAGAUCCUGAACACGUAUGUGGUCUCAGCCAGUGUCACCAAUAGCAGUGGCCCCAUCAAGGACCUAGAGGAGGAUGUUGAGGUGACACUGCAUCACCUGAUGUCCAAUGCACUUGGUAAGGAGGUGCAGUGUGUCUACUGGGACUUCAAUCAAAAUGAUGGAAAGGGAGGAUGGGAACAGCAUGGAUGCAGGAAGCACAACACCAGUGCUGACUAUACCACAUGCCUGUGUGACCACCUCACUCAUUUUGGAGUACUUCUGGACGUAUCCAGGACACCCAUCGACGUACCAAAUGAGGAAAUUCUGACCAUCAUAACUUAUCUUGGCUGUGGUGUAUCCUCUCUCUUCCUGGGAAUCACUGUGUUGACAUACACAGCAUUUGAGAAGCUCCGCAGAGACUAUCCAUCCAAGAUCCUCAUCAACUUGUCUCUGGCGCUGCUGGGACUCAACAUGGUUUUCCUGGUCAACUCCUGGCUCUCCUCCUUUGGCAGCUAUGGGCUCUGUGUGGUGGUGGCUGCCACACUGCACUACUUCCUGCUGGCCUCUUUCACCUGGAUGGGCCUGGAGGCUGUGCACAUGUACUUUGCCUUGGUCAAAGUCUUCAAUGUUUAUGUACCCUCCUACAUCCUAAAGCUCUGCGCCCUGGGAUGGGGAACCCCCCUGGUUAUGUGUUGCCUUGUUCUGGUUGUGAAGAGAGAUUCUUAUGGCAGUUCCCUCGGCAGUGAGUCCAUGGAACCAUUGGAUAACUCUGAGGCAUUCUGCUGGAUCCAAGAUGAAGUGGCUUUCUAUGUGUCUGUGGUGGGCUACAUUUUGCUGGUGCUGCUGUGCAACAUAGCUACCUUCGUUGUGGUCCUGGUCCAGAUCCGCCACAUGCGGGUCAAUCAGCCAGCCGGCGUCCACAGCGGACUCCUUUUGCAGGACCUGAAGGGGGUGUCCAGUCUCACCUUCCUGCUGGGUCUCACCUGGACUGUGGCUUUCUUCGCCUGGGGGCCAGCCAAGGUUCCUUUUCUCUACGUCUUCUGUGUCCUGAACGGUCUGCAAGGCAAGUGA